GAGAAAGGGCAUUCGGCUGCGACGUGUCGCCCCUGGUUUCAAAUUACACACUCUCUCUCUCUCCUCUUUCACUUCCGCAAACAAAAAAGGCAUAUGAAUUCCUCGCAGACUUCGCUCGAGAAAAACAAUCCCGUCCUACCAUUCUUCACAUACCAAUCCAACCCAAACCCAACUCAACUCAACUCCUCCAAAAUUCAAGAUCCACACCAGAACCCCGUAAUGGCGACUCGUCUUCCUCAAUCAUCUAGAUUCAGAAGAACAGAGAAGAGAGUGACUGAGAUUGAAUUGGAUUUUUACUUAUGUAAUGUAAUGUAAUGCAUCAGAAGAAAUCUGAAGUUCAGAUCGGAAAAGAAAGCAGCGGCGUCUCUUCCGGUUUCAAUCCAACACCGCCUCUACUUUUCCCUCCUUCAAUCCACCAAAAACACACUCAACAACAAACCCACAGUCACAAUAUUCGCAAUUUCAAUUCAAAUCUCCAUUUAAAUCUUCCUCCUCAAUCAUUAUCUUCAUCCUCUGAAUCAAACCCACAAAUUCUCAUAGACCAAGCACAAACACAGACACUGACCCAGAAUGACCCAAUUGCUCCUCCACUAUCUUCUUCAACACCAACAGCUAAAUCUACCCCUCACAAGCGGCCUCUCAUGAUCCAAACAAACAACCCAUCUUCAUCUUCGUCCAAUUCUCUCUCUAAAUCCCCCACUCUGUCUAAUUCCCUUCACCAAUACCCAUUUUCUUCCAACCCACCAUUGACAUUGAAAUCCCACUAUUUGUUAAAUUUCUCCAACCGCUUGCCCACCAAAGUCACCGUUUUUCGGUUCCUCCGCCGCCGCCUCUACCAUCUCCGCCGCCUCCGAAUCCACCUCCGCCUAAUUCUCUUGCUGUCUCUUCCAUUUUUUUACUUCUUGGUUUCCCAUCCGAGUCGCUCAUUUGUGCUUGAUUUCCUCUCUGCCUUUGCCUUCUCCGCCGCGCUCUUGUUCUCACUCAAUCUCGCGGUCCCUCGCCUCCCUUCCAUUCGCCUAUUCCUUGCUCGAUCAUUCCCAAUUAAGCUCUCAUCAUCGACCAACGGGUCUAGACCGCCUUUGCCGGUGUUUUGGUCCAUUGGUUCGAGGCCAAAAUCGGAGAAAAAGGCAAAUUCAGGAUGUUGGGUCCAAGCUUAUAGCAAUGGAGAUGUAUACGAGGGUGAAUUUCAUAAGGGGAAGUGCUCGGGUAGUGGGGUUUAUUACUAUUACAUGAGUGGAAGGUAUGAAGGGGAUUGGAUUGAUGGAAAGUAUGAUAGUUAUGGGGUUGAGACAUGGGCGAGAGGGAGUCGGUAUCGUGGGCAAUAUAGGCAAGGCCUUAGGCAUGGUUUUGGGGUAUAUGGGUUCUAUACCGGAGAUGUUUAUGCUGGGGAAUGGUCAAAUGGGCAGAGUCAUGGUUGUGGAGUUCAUACCUGUGAGGAUGGCAGCCGGUAUGUGGGGGAAUUCAAGUGGGGCGUCAAGCAUGGGCUCGGUCGCUACCAUUUCCGAAAUGGGGAUGUUUAUGCUGGGGAAUACUUUGCGGACAAGAUGCAUGGAUUUGGAGUGUACCGUUUUGCAAAUGGGCACUGGUAUGAAGGAGCCUGGCAUGAGGGCAGAAGGCAAGGACUUGGAAUGUACACUUUCAGAAAUGGGGAGACCCAAUCUGGGCACUGGAACAAUGGGAUUCUUGACAUCCCGAGCACCCAGAACACCACCUAUCCUGUAUCUCCUGUUGCGGUGUAUCAUUCCAAAGUACUCAACACGGUCCAGGAAGCUAGACGAGCAUCAGAGAAAGUGUAUGACGUGGCGAAAGUGGACGAAAGAGUGAACAGGGCAGUGGCAGCGGCUAACAGGGCAGCAAAUGCAGCUAGAGUAGCGGCGGUAAAGGCGGUCCAAAAACAAAUUCAAUACAAUGGUAACAACGACAACAUUCCUAUGCCUUUUAUGCAAGACUGGUAAUCCGACUCUAAUAUCACUAAAAUCAUCAAUCAAGCUUCUACUACAUGAGAUGGCUGCUAGAGAAGUUGCAUUUUGUGAUUUUCCUUCUAGCAUGCCUGCAUUUUCCAUUGCAUUUUCCUUUCCUUUCCUUUCCUUUCCUCUCCUCGAGAGUAUUAUGUAAUAUGAGGCCUUUUUCAGUAGGAGGAAAGGGCUGAACUAAUGAGUAUUAGGUAGUUGCUAAGUUGCCCGUUCUUGCUCUAACAUUGUGUAAGAGAGAGAAAUGAGUGGCAUCCAAAAUGUAUUUUGAUUUUAAUUUUCCAUUUUUCUUCAUUCUUGUAAAGUUCGGUUAGUUGUGAAUUUGUAAUAUCUCGCGCUGGUGCCUAGGGAGAAACCUUAAUCCGGCCAAUGUUGUAUGCGGAGUAAUGAUGAUGUGGCAAAAUGGAAUACAAAUGUUCUCUUUUUGUUGUUGGGUA